CAGCGAUUGCUUCUGGUCGUCCGGCGUUAGUACUUUUGCAAAACAGUCCCUGUACUUUUGGGUAAUCAACCCGCAGUCCACGAUUAAGUGAACAACAUUUCGCUCAGCAUGUUUUACAUAAAAACACCUCAUAUUUUACAUAAUCAGCCCGCAGUCCAUCAGUAUCUCUUUCCUCCUGAGUCCGAGCGAGAUGGGGCCGCUAUGCAGACGACGUCGGGCGCGGCGGCGGCGAUCUCCGGCCAGAUCCGGUCGGGGAGGCGAGGCAGGGGCCAGAUCCUAUUCAGAGGACGGCGUGGAGGCGAUCUACGAGGCACGGGAGGAGGUCAGGCGGCGGGGCUUGAACUCCAGCAAGCCCCCUUUUGAUGGAUGGGGCCGCCCACAUCGCUAGCGACUCCUCGGAGGACGACAGGGCCUCCUCCUCCGCGUCCUCUACCGGUUCGGCCUCCUGGCGCUCCCAGCUGCACAAGUGGAUUCACCUGCGGCGGCGCCGGCGCCGGCGCCCGUUGUCCGCUCGGAGAGGAGAGGGCGGUGAAGCCAACGGCAAGGGCGACGGUGACGACGUGCAGGACCUCGCGCUGCCGCUGGGGAGAUGUCCUUCGCGGCGGUUCUCGCCCAGGUUAUCAUAUGACAGAACGUCUGGGGUGAAAGCUAAGCUACUUCCAAUGGUCCCAAAUGAGAAGGCAAGAAGGUAUCAGGUGUAUGAGAAGACCCCCGCACAUGCCCAUUCCAUUCUCUAUGAAGUCAAAAGUUUCCCACUGAAUAUAUUUGGUACUAAAAUGGUCGUUAUGUCAGCAUGA